AAUGAGAGUGCUACUCUUAUCAAUUUUUAUCUCUAUGCUUCUUCUACAAGUAUGCUAUACAGUGAAAUAUGAAGAUAAUGCCAGAUUAAUUUAUAAUUUAUUAGGAGACUAUGAUAUUUUCUCUUUUCAAAAUGUUAAUGUUUCUAUAGGAUUAAGUUUAACUGAUGUCACUGAAGUUGAUGGUGAACUUUUAACUUUUAAUGUUUGGCAAAGAAUGUCCUGGGAAGACUUUAGAUUACGUUGGUCAGUUGAAGAUUACAAAGUCACAUCUCUACAUUUACCAAUCAAUAAGAUUUGGAGUCCUGAUAUUUUUCUAUACAAUCAGGCACGUAAAGAUGUUAAUCUUGCCAAUGUUCCUGCAAUUGUUAAACAUAAUGGAAACAUUUUGUACAUUCCUCCAAAACUAAUAACGGUAAGAUGUCCACUGGAUAAGAAAAGAGGAGAAUAUCAUUGCAAUUUUAAAUAUGCUUCGUGGACUUAUCACGGAAAUGAGAUAGAUGUAAACUUUUACAAUGAUAUGAAAAAUAUUGACUUUGCAGACUACUAUGGAAAAUAUAGAAUUAUUAAAAAUACUGGUAGACGUAAUGUAAAACAUUAUGCAUGUUGUGAGGAAUCCUAUCCAGAUAUCACAUUUACUAUUAUAAUGUCAAAAAGUUAA